AUGGCGGCCAAAGUGCUUCAUCUCCUCGUUACAAUUCCCCUGCUCCUCCUACUCGUCUCGGUUGCCUUUGCCGCCAACAAUCCGUCCACCACAAGGGCUGUUGCCAGACGCGGCAGCAAUCGUACGGCAGCUCCGCGCCGCUCCCCACCGGUGCCGCCCGCGGGAAGCGCGGCGGGCCGAUCGAAGCAGCGGGGAAGCACGGCGCGCACGCCCGCUCCUCCCACGAGGAAGCGCACAACCCCGUCGACAGGCACUCCGACGCGGAGCCCCGUAGCGGUCAAGGGAGGGCGCAAGGUGCGCGUUCCGCGGGCUGGUACGACAGCACCGAGCAGCAGCCUGAGCUUGAUCAAGCUGCCCAAUAACCGCUACAACGCCAAGUGCCUAGAUGGCAGUCCGCCCACGUAUUACCUGCGCACGGGGUACGGUUCGGGCGCCAGCUCGUGGGUGAUCUACCUGCAGGGCGGCGGCUGGUGCACGUCCGUCACCGCAUGCGCGGCGCGCGCAAAGACGGUGCUCGGCAGCUCCAACUUUUACCCGCCGCCGUCCGAUCCCAACUUCGACAAGACCAUGCGCGACUACGGCAACGCGUUCACGGGCAUUCUGAGCAACAGCUCCACGGAGAACCCCGACUUCUACAACUGGAACCUCGCCAUGGUCGUCUACUGCGACGGCGGCGGCUUCGCCGGCACGCGCCGUCAGUACGACAUGCCGACCGGCGGGUCCAUCUACCUGGACGGCGCGCGGGUGUUCAAGUCCGUGCUGGAAGACCUGUACGAGCGCGGGUUGCUGCAGGCGCGCAAGGUGCUGUUCACCGGGUGCUCGGCGGGCGCGCAGGCUGUGUCGUCGAUGUGCGACCGCGUGGCGACGUACUUGCCGCCGGGAUCCGUCAAGUGCAUGAUGGAUGCGGGCUUUUUCCUCGACGGGUGGGACGUGACGGGGCGCAUGUACUUCCGCGACCUGUCCAUGCGCUUCACGGAGCUGCACCGCCCCGCUGUCGAGCAGGGCUGCGGCGAUGCGUACACGGGGUCAACGGAGUACUGGCGGUGCUUCUUCCCACAGUACAACGUGGAGUUCAUCGACACUCCGCUCUACAUCGUCAACUCCAUCAACGACUAUGCCGCCAUCGAGAUCCUCAACUACGCGCAGAACACCUCCAACAACAUCCUCAAGUGCCUUGCUGAGCUCGCUCCCAACGGCGGCAGCGGCGGCUACGUGCCGCGGGCCACACGCAACCUGCUGGCCAGCGCAGGGGUGGGAGCAAGGGGGGGGGGGCGUACUAGCAGGAGCAGUGCCGGCAGUAGGCCGGCGGCAAGCAACUCGUCGUGCACGGUACAGGCCCAGGCGGCGCUUAGGAGUUACUCCACGCGCAUGCUCAAGCGCAUUCAGAGCCUUGUGAGGCGACGGCCGCAGCUGGGAAGCUACUUGCUGGGGGCCAGUGCCCACUGCACCACCAUCUACCCCACGUGGAGCAGCAUUAACCGCAAGGGAGUGUUCCUUAGACAGGCAAUCUCCGACUGGUACUUCAAAGGCGUCUAUGGAGUCACUGGCGCCUCUAACAGUAAAGGCUAG